CCUUAUCGACCGAGCUCGCGUUUUUGGCAAGCAUCUUGCCAUCUCAUCCGCGCUGCAUCGUGGGUUUGCUAAAAAUAGCUGCCAGGCCGUCGCCAGCGCGAAACUGCUCGGCGCCCGGCACAGCACAACCUGAGGAGCCAAACCACUUAAUCCAUCACUUCCUCUGAGCUAAGACCGCGCCGCGCGCAACCGCACGCGAGAACAGGACCGCGGCCUCCGGCAUAAUUCAAGGCACGUCAUAGCGUCAACGCAACUCCAUGCUCCCCCUCCUCGCCCAGGACCCGCUACGGAAGGUCCUCCAGUUCUGCACCGCCCACGAAGUUCUCCAGUACGGCAAUGCUUCGAAGAAGGCCCAGGACACGCUAGCCGACGACGUCGUCUGGCGCGGCCUCGCGUCGCGCGAUUUUUAUGGAGAGCGUCGUCGCGAUGAGGGCUUGAGCCUGGGCGUCCGCGACGGCGGCGACACGAUGUAUUUCAAGAUCCAGCCGUUCACUCCACUACAACGCGUUUUUGAUGCCGUCGCGAAGCGGAAAGACGCGGCCGUGGAGACGCUCUGCUUCGCGCUCGACGGCUCGCGCGUCCGCGGCCACCUGACGCUCGAGGACUUGGAUAUUACUGCGGAGGAGCACCUCGACUGCUUGCCUCUCAAAGACGCGCCAUCCGACGAGUUUCUGCCGAGCGCGUCCGCGGCGUUCAGCGCUCCCGCUCAAGCCGAGGCGCCCGAGGACGCUAGCGAUCCGGACGCUGCGGACGUAAGCACGCUGUGCGACCUCGUCGGCGCGUGCGACUCGUGGCGCGUGGCGUACCGCCGCUGGGCCAGCGUCGCGCGGCGCGUCAAGUAUCACGAGCAAGGUUUCGACGCGCGCUCGUGGCUGGUGGUCGCGCGCGCGUGGCGCGACAUCAAGGCGGCGCUCGCCGAGCAGUCCAUGGACGCGAUCGUGGCGUCCCUGCGACCGCCGGCGACCCCGGAGGACCUGAGGCAGGUCGGCGUGCGGAGCCUGCGCUACGCGUACGCGAUCCACGACGGCCAGGCCCUGGCGUUCGACGCAGCGCGGCGCCGGCAGGACCGCGCCGCCAUGCGCGACUCCCAGCAGAGCGUCUUCCACGGUCUCUUCGGCGGCGUCUCCGCCUACGAUUACGUCGUGUGCACGCGUUUUGUGUCAAUCACGGAGGCGAUGGCGCUCUCGCCGCCCGAAGAAGAAGACGUGGCCGACGUUCAUUUCGCAGCCAACUACGACGGGAGCUGGCGGUUCGUAGCGGGAGUUGACCUGUGGUACGAGGGGCACGAUUCGCGAGCGGUCGAGGUCGAGACUGUGUUCGCCAACGACGGCUCGCGGCUCGCGAUGGCGGCGCCCACAUCUCACGACGCCUUCGCGCAGUGGUUCGCCACGUACGCCGCGCGCGUCCGCCUGCGCGCCUACCGCGUCGCGCCGCUCAUGCCCGACGCGCCCGACGGGACCCGCGGCGUCGUGCUCUUCCCCGACGCGGACGCCGGCGACGACUGCCACGUGUCCGAGGCCAUUACGAGAGGCGUUCGCGUGCGGGCGUCGGCGGUCUACCUGCCGAACUCGCCGUCGGGCUACGCCUAUUCCAUCCGCAUCCGACGCGUGUCCGACGAGGCCCCAGAAAGCUGCCAGCUCCGGACGAGACACUGGCACAUCAACGACGGGGAAAGGACAUCGACCGUGAGCGGCGAGGGCGUCGUGGGCAAGUUCCCCGUGCUCACAUCAACAGGAUGGCGCGACGACUCGCAAGUCGCGAACAUGACUCACGGCUUUUCGACAGCAGUCCUACCAGGUGAAGAUAGAGAAGGCGAGUUCGUCUACCAGUCCUUCUCGGGCAUGACGCGCGGACCCCGCGGAGGCAGUUUCCGGGGGGAGCUGGAGUUCGUCCCUGGUGAGGUCAGUGCUCCGACGGGCGAGCCCUUCCGCGUCGUGUGCCCGGAGUUCGCGCUGCGGAAGCCGCGGUUCCUCUACUAGCCUCUUCCCCCUCCUGUAACUAUCUUAUACUCAUUGG